AUGAUUAUUACUAAAUGUCAAAUAGAUGGAAAUGGAAUAUAUUUUGUACUUAUUUUAUGCGUAAUAUGGCUAAAUACGGUUAAUACAUUAAGUGAUAAACCAUUGUUGUUACUUAUAUCUUUUGAUGGUUUCCGGUAUGAUUUACUGAAUGCUUCUAUUGUACCAAAUAUUUGGAAAUUUGCCACCGAAGGUGUAUAUUUUAAAGGUGGUUGUCGUCCACAAUAUCUCACUUAUACAGCCCCAAAUCAUGCAACAAUAGCAACAGGCCUUUUAAUUGAAAGCCAUGGAAUUGUUGGCAAUUAUUUUCAUGAUCUAUCCACUAAUACGACGUUCGAUUUAUUCAAUUUAACUCAAAAAAAAGGAGCAAUAAAUGAUUCAUUAAUGGGACAUUUCUAUAACGGUGAACCAAUAUGGCUUACAAAUGAACGAGCUGGUUAUGGAAGACGUUCAGCUGCAAUGUAUUGGCCAACCGGAAGUGGACAUUGGCCAUCUAUACCGCAUAAACCUACAUUACACAGAUCAUGGAUCGAAUAUAAGAAUUUGUCGCAAUGGAUGAAUGAUUUUGAUGGAGUUUUAGAAUUAUUUACACGUGAAAAAGAUCCGUACAAUUUUGUUGCUUGGUAUGUUGCUGAACCGGAUCAUUUCCUACAUUUUAAUGGAUUUAAAAAUGGUAAAAUUAAUAAAAUGAUGCAAAAGUUGGAUUUGUUAGUCAAAUAUAUCAAUGAUAAGCUAGAAAAUAAUUCAGAACUUUCAAAACGAUUAAAUAUUAUCUUAACUGCUGAUCAUGGACAUGCUGAGAUUGAAGGUGCAUCAAAUGUUCUAUGUUUGGUAGAAACGAUCAAUACUGAUGGCCUAUUAUUUGGUGAUCGAAUGAUUUAUGUUAAAAAUGUCGAUCGAAAACAUCAAAUAUAUGCGAGUUUAAAGAAAGUUAUUGAAGAUCGUCAUUAUCGUAUUAAAAUAUAUUACAAACAAGAUGUUCCAAAAGAAUAUGGAUAUUCUAAAAAUGAUAAAAUUGGCGAUAUACUACUUGAGCCUGAACCUGGAUAUAAUGUUCGCAUUAAAUGUUCGCAUAAUAUAGACGAUUCGUCGAAACCGUUUCAUUUUUCAUCACAUGGAAUGAAUCCAAAUCAUUGGACAAUGAAAUCAAUUUUACUAAUGAAAGGACCAGUGUUUAAACAAAAUUAUCAAAUUGAUGGAACAGCAAACAAUCUGGAUUUAUAUCCACUGAUGUGUUAUAUUUUGGGUGUAAUACCAGCACCAAAUAAUGGUACCAUACAACAUAUGUUGGAAGUACUGAAAAUACCAAUUACAACAAAUUCAUUAUCAACCAAACAAAUUGAGUUCCUAACAAUAAUUGUAUGUGGUGGACCGCUAGUAACAUUUGUAAUUUUUGUAAUUAUGAUAAGCCGACAACAAAGGCACCGUAUAUUAAGGAACAGGCGUAAGUAUUAUCCGCUUACUCAUAAAUUUGAUCAUGAUGUUACCGAUUUGCUGGAUGAAAAUUGCAAUCCGGAAGAUGACUUAUGA